CGCUCCGGACCGAGCUGCGGAGGCAGCGGCGAGGCUGAGGGCAGCAAACGGCCGCUGAGGAGGGCAGCAGGGAGCCGGCAGCGCCCGCCGCGCAGCGGAGCGGAGCGGGGGAGUCUUUCCCGGGCUGCUGCGGGCACCAUGCAGCGGGGCUAGAGCCGGGGGAGUCCGCAGCGGGGCAAUAAUGUUAGCAGAGACCAGUCUUUCCAUAUGGGGAUGGGGAAGCCUUGGUGUUGUGCUCUUCCUAGUAACUUUUGGACCCUUUGCUAUAUUUUACUUUGCGUUUUAUAUCCUCUGCUUUGUGGGUGGGGGUUUUGUGGUUACUCUCUUAUUUGGAAAAACAAAUUCAGAAAAGUACCUUGAACAGUGUGAACACUCAUUUCUUCCUCCUACGUCUGCUGGGAUUUUUAAGUGUACAGAAGAAAUGAAAUGUGAAGCCAGGCCUAUUAAGAUUGACAGAAGAUUGACAGGUGCCAAUAUAAUUGAUGAACCUUUGCAACAAGUAAUCCAGUUUUCAUUGAGGGACUAUGUCCAGUACUGGUAUUAUACACUAAGUGAUGAUGAAUCCUUUCUUCUUGAAAUCAGGCAGGCUCUUCAAAAUGCACUUAUUCAGUUUUCUACAAGUUUGUUUUCUGUAAGGUCAAAAGAAAUGGACUGGCAACCUUAUUUCACCACACGACUUGUUGAUGAUUUUGCCACUCAUCUUCGAGUAUUCAGAAAAGCUCAACAAAGGAUAACAGAAAAAGAUGAUCAAAUGAAAGGUACAGCAGAAGACCUUGUAUAUACAUUCUUUAAGGUUGAAGUUGAAAUGGAGAAGGAAGUCUGUCGUGAUCUAGUCUGCACUUCUCCCAAAGAUGAAGAAGGAUUCCUGAGGGAUCUGUGUGAGGUGUUACUGUAUUUAUUGCUACCUCCUGGAGACUUCCAGAACAAGAUCAUGCGAUACUUUGUCAGGGAAAUCCUCGCACGAGGAAUUCUUCUUCCAUUAAUAAACCAGCUCAGUGAUCCUGAUUAUAUUAAUCAGUAUGUCAUAUGGAUGAUUCGUGAUUCCAAUUGUAACUAUGAGGCCUUCAUGAAUGUUAUUAAAUUAAGUGACAAUGUAGGGGAGCUGGAAGUGGUAAGCGAUAAGGCUGGAGAAGAACUGCAAUAUCUUCGAUCCUUAGAUACAGCAGGAGAUGAUAUCAAUACUAUAAAAAAUCAAAUAAACAGCUUAUUAUAUGUUGUUAAAGUAUGUGAUUCAAGAAUACAGAGGUUGCAGUCAGGAAAAGAAAUAGAUACUGUGAAACUGGCAGCAAACUUUGGAAAACUUUGCACAGUCCCUCUGGACAACAUUCUGGUAGACAAUGUUGCACUACAAUUUUUUAUGGAUUAUAUGCAGCAGACUGGAGGCCAAGCACAUCUCUUCUUCUGGAUGACAGUGGAAGGGUACAGGGUUACAGCACAGCAACAGCUGGAGGUUUUACUAAGCCGGCAGAGAGAUGGAAAACAUCAGACUAAUCAAACCAAAGGCCUGUUAAGAGCAGCUGCAGUUGGAAUUUAUGAGCAGUACUUAUCAGAAAAGGCAUCUCCAAGAGUUAAUAUUGAUGACUCCUUGGUAGCAAAACUGGCAGAAACAUUGAACCACGAGGAGCCAACACCUGAAAUCUUCGAUGACAUUCAGAGAAAGGUGUAUGAAUUGAUGCUGCGGGAUGAAAGAUUUUACCCUUCAUUCAAACAAAAUGCUCUGUAUGUGCGCAUGUUAGCUGAAUUGGAUAUGCUGAAGGAUCCUAGUUUCAGAGGAUCAGAUGAUGGGGAAGGAGAAUCUUUUAAUGGGUCCCCUACAAGCAGCAUAAAUUUGUCCUUAGAUGACCUUUCAAACGUCUCUUCUGACGAGUCAGCCCAAUUACAUGCAUACAUUUCAGAUACUGUCUAUGCUGACUAUAACGCAUAUGCUGUGGCAGGAGUAUGCAACGACCACGGCAAGACAUACGCACUGUAUGCGAUCACUGUACAUCGGAGAAAUUCAACUAGUGAAGAGAUAUGGAAAACGUAUCGUCGCUACAGUGACUUCCAUGACUUCCACAUGAGAAUAACUGAACAGUUUGAAAACCUAGCAAGUAUAUUAAAGCUUCCUGGCAAAAAGACAUUUAACAACAUGGACAGAGAAUUUUUAGAGAAGAGGAAAAAAGAUUUAAAUGCAUAUUUGCAGUUGUUGUUAAAUCCUGAAAUGAUGAAAGCUUCCCCAGCUUUAGCCCAUUGUGUGUAUGACUUUCUGGAGAAUAAAGCUUACAGCAAAGGAAAAGGAGAUUUUGCUCGAAAGAUGGACACAUUUGUAAAUCCACUGCGUAACUCUAUGAGAAAUGUUUCCAAUGCAGUCAAGUCCCUGCCUGAGAGCCUGGCAGAGGGAAUGACUAAAAUGUCAGACAACAUGGGCAAAAUGUCAGAAAGAUUUGGACAAGACAUAAAGCAAUCGUUUUUCAAGGUGCCUCCUUUAAUGCAGAAAACUGAUUCAGAUCCUGAACACUGCCGUGUUGCCGCACAGCUCGAUGACAAUGUGGAUGACAAUAUCCCUCUUAGAGUAAUGCUGCUUCUUAUGGAUGAAGUCUUUGAUUUAAAGGAGAGAAAUCAGUGGUUAAGAAGAAAUAUAAAAAAUCUACUUCAACAGCUUAUUAGAGCAACAUAUGGAGACACAAUCAAUAGAAAAAUAGUUGAUCAUGUUGACUCAAUGACGUCUCCUGAGCAAGUAGCAGAUGCAGUGAAACGCUUCAGAGAUGCCUUUUGGCCCAAUGGCAUUUUAGCAGAAACUGUUCCACGCAGACAAAAAGAUAUUAGAAUGCGAACAAGAGUGGCAGGGAAAACUAAACUACUGGAGAUAAUGCCAGAUGAACUGAAGCACAUCAUAGGUGCAGAGACAACACGGAAAGGCAUUCUUCGGGUCUUUGAAAUGUUUCAGCACACUCAAUUAAAUAAGAGAAUGGUAUAUGUCUUUCUGGAGGGCUUCCUGGAAACCUUAUUUCCACAAUAUAAAUUCCAUGAGCUCUUCAGCAAACUGCAUUCACGGUCAGAGCAGAUGCAGAGAUACAAGCAGAGACUACAAUCUACUCAAGCGCCUUCCUUACAGAAAAGGUGACACUCCAAACUGUUAAGCUGGUGUUUCGCCCAGGACUAGUGGCAAAGGCAUAUUCUCUGGGGCUUAAAACUCAUAUACUGUUGUUUCUGCACCAGUCUUUUAGUGUCACAUAUUAGAUUAUUAAUACAUCCAUAAGACCUGUGGAUCUUUUCAUCCUCACUUAUAUUGCAACCACUACCACAAAGGGAUUUGUGUCUCAAAUGAUUUGGUGCAUCUUCAUGCAACAUUGAGAAGAAUAUUGGCCAGUUAUGUAAGGAGUAUCAGUUUCUUCCAUUCCUGACUGAAUCGGUGAUUGCAAGCAAUGAAAUGUGCCAGGCUGUAUUUGCUGAGGGCUAAGCAAAGCACAACGACAGUGACAAUUAGGGAUUUGGCUAGUUUACCACUGGGAGAUUGUGCAAUGUGUGAGAAUCAAGUGGGGUUUGUUUUGCAUUAUGAUUGUUGAGGCAUUGUGGUCUUGAUCAGCAUUCAUGUAAAGGCUCAGAUAACAGAAAUAGAAGUUUUUGGAACAGCUGGUUCUGGAAAAAAACCGUUACAGUAUGUCCCAAAAAGUACAUUCACUAAGUAGAGGUUGAGCUAACAUGGCUUUUAUACCUCAAUUAACUUCACCUUCGUUUAUUUUGAAAAAAUAAACUAACAUUGUACCUUGGUUUGUUUUGUUAUUCAGUGGUGCAAGGCAGAGGUGCCGUAGAAAAUAAUGGACCCUUUAUUCUGAUGAAUUUGUAACUUGAAGGGCCCUUUUCUGUUCUUAUGGCACAUUGCGUACAGUUUGCAUGCGAUUUAAAUGGAAAAGGUGCAUACAAUAUUGAAAUUGUGCAAUUGGUAUAAUCUUUGAAGCAUAUCUCAAGUAGGGUGGCAGUGACAGAAGGAUGGGAUACAUGCUCCAAGCAAGAUAGACACCACACUAAAAGAGUAGAAAUGUGCAGUGAAAAAAGCAAGUUACACACUACUUUUCCCAAUAAAACUAAGAAUUGUUUUUAAAAGCCCACUGUACUUCAUUUAAAAUAGCCCUAGGAUAGCUAUAUACCCCUCACAUGAAAAGUUGCUAGAAUUUCUUGGUGCCUGACUUACACAAGAUUCCUCUAGAGACUUCAUUAAACAGUCGUGUGCAAACAUUUGGAAAUUCCUGAAUGCAUCACAAUGUAUAUAUGAAAAUAGAAAAAGGAAACACAACUACAAUAUUUUUUUAAAUAACAAUCUUUUUUAUUUUUUGCGUAAUGUAAAAUUUUAAUAAAUAAACCUAUUCUACACAAAGGCCCCAAAUCUAUCCAUUUACUUCCAUAAAAAUUAAUGUCUGGUCAAGAAUAAAGAUUAAUUACACUUAUUUGGCCUUAGUAUAUGGCAGAGUUUGCAUCCUCCCAUUUGGACUCCCCUUCUGUCUUGAGCUCCACCAUCUAGGGCAAAGGAUGGGAGCCAUACACACUCCAUUGUCUAUUUUCCAUUUUUUAAAAUGUUAAAAAAUAUUUUCUAAAUACUAAUCUUUUAAAUAGGAUAUUUAAUGGAUCACUGAACCAAGGUUCUCAGGUAGCAGCUCACGCCCAGAUGAGAACAAAAGAUGAUUCCAUUGUCUGAGGGAUGGAGAAGGGGACUUUUAUGGGAGCAUUCAGAAGGGAGGAUCCAAACAGGCCCUCAAGGGUUGGAUCUGGAAUCAAAACAGAUCAAGUUUCCGUACUGAUUUUCUUUUUGCUCUUAGAUUCCAAUCAGAUAUUUUUUUCAUCAUAUUUCUCUUGUAGUGGAUAUCACUGACAUUUGUCCUAUGGUAUACAUGUGCUCAAGUGCACUUGUUUUUCUUUUUUGCAGAUCUACAUACUGUAAAUUAAGUCCCUUCUCUUAUGAUUUCCAGGAAGGCUAAGACAGCACAUGUGGAAGAUUCCUUCCCCAUUGCCCCAUCUAUGUAUAUUUCACCAGGUUCUAAAGAAACAUAGUAAUUAAGUGCUGUUGGAAUUAACCAUUUUUCCUCACAUUUUUAUAUAAGGUAAUAGAUUUGGCCAUGAUUGAAAUUCCUGUUGCUUACAUGUCAGUCUAAAUCUUAUCCCUAUGUCAGUAUGUAUCUGCAUACUUUAAAUCUGAAGGACAAGAUAUCAUCAGGCUUUGUGUUUGGUGGUCCACACAAUACAUCAGCUAUUGGAAGGUGAUGUACGUAAAUACAGACUAGAAAAGAGACCUAAAAAAUAAUUAUAUAACCAUACCAAAUUCUAUUUUUGAGUUACAUUGUAAAUCACGUAAUAAUUAUAUAUAGUACUUUGAAAUCAGAAAGAUAAUAUGGUAGUCUGUGAAAUUUGUGGUGCCUCUUCUCUAUAGGCUCCCAGGCUAGACUUCUGGAAGAACAAUGGUCAUGCUCAUAUUGUAGGAGACUUUAUAAUUACUUGGUACAUACAUCUGCAGGAACAUGAAUUGUACAUUAUGUACCAGGCUUAACAAAGUCAUUAUACUUAAUGCACUUACUGCAUAUACAUAUAUAUAUACAUAUAUACACACACACACACGGCUUUGGUCUUCUACUAUUUUAUUUCAGAAUGUGGUUCUUAACUGUAGGCAGGAACCAUCAAAGA